UGUGAAAUUAGUGAUCAUGUUUAGUUGGUGGCAGUAUAACACAACACUUCGAAUUUAAAAGUACAAUUGUUUUGUGGUUUUAGUGUACUUUGUUUUAAAUGUUUUUGUUUUCUAUCUGUCUAGGAACGAUUGCAUUUAACGCGGACACUUAUUAAUGUUGCACCCGGCGACACUUCGUCGUUUACAUGUCGUUUAUCAAUCUAAACAAAAAUAAAUUACACAUUAUUCUGCUAUUCUUCGUUCCUUAAGGUAACGUUAAUUUGUUUAUAGCAUGUAAAGUUAAACAGAAUUUGUAUAUUUUUUUGCUAUUACAUUAUAAUGUACUUCAGGCUCAACAUAUCUUCUACCGUUGUUUGUUAAAGAUCAGGGGCCGGUUGCUCCAGCUGUACUGCCCUCUUUGCAUCAUCAGGAUCUGUAUCAGUUUCAUAAAAAACUACAAUACUGGCUGAAGAUGAUGCGUUAUUGGGGUGAGCUUCCUAUAGCUUCAGCGCCUCCAGGUCGCAGUUCUUUUGACCUUCUGCAACGUGAAUUUCGUCAGGUGGAGAUGCAAGAUCCUCCACUUCAUCAGCCAUCUGCCCAGCGUCCACGUCCCACCACCAUGCUAGAUAUCCCCUCUGAGCCCUGCAGCCUUACCAUUCAUACUGUGCAGCUGAGCCAACAUGCUCGUCACCUCCGGGGACUUAUUUUUGCAGCUCAGCAGGGCCAGCAACCCCCAUCUACUUUAUCAGAAACCCAGGGUGUCUUUAAAUCAGAAGACGGGGACCCUCUGCCUCCCCGGCCUGCCACACCGACCGUACCAGAUGAUAUUUUGCCUAUGGACAGUAAAGCCCCCCGGCAACCAUUUCAGUUACGACACAGUGACCCAGAGACUGACUUCUACAAAGGUAAAGGUGAGCCAGUGACAGAGUUGAGCUGGCCAUCUUGUCGUCAGCUAUUAUACCAGUCGGUUGCAACAGUGCUCGCUCAUGCUGGGUUUGAGUUAGCAAAUGAGAGUGUGCUGGAGACUUUGACUGACCUGGUCCAUGAGCACUACCUGCGACUCACCAAGCUGCUGCGUGUGGCUGUGGACAGGGAGGCCUGCCAGGGUUCUACUCAUUUCCCUGAUGUGGUUGAACAAGUCUUCCAUGAGAUGGGCAUUGGUAGUGUCUUGGCACUUCAGCGCUUCUGGCAGGUUCGCAUAAAAGAUUACCAUAGCUACAUGCUGCAGGUCUGUAAGGAGCUCUCAGAAGAGUAUGAGAUGCUGGUAAAUCCUGAAAGGGCUGUGGAGGAAUCCAAACUACUGAAGGUUAAAGAGGAGCCAGUUAGUAACAUUGCAUUUCCUCUGAGUGAGGAACCAGAAGCGGAGUUGGCGUCAGGUGACCAGGCUCUGCCCAUCAGUGUCCUAGGUACUCCCAGCGAAAGAUUGACUGGAGGGCUGGAGGAAGGCCAGUCACCUCAUACAGCAGGCACAGCAGGUAACAGCUCUCCCUUAUGGCAUCUAGCCCAGGUGAAGAUGGAACCCCAUGACAGUGAGGAGGGCCAGGUAUCGGGUCAUGGGGUACUAGGAGUUGAUGUCUUCGAAGAGGGACCCAUGUCCACCAUGAGUGAGGCAGGCAUCCCUCCAUCUCCUGGUGGUUCAGAAGGCAGUUAUGUGUCCCAUUCACCAGACUCACUUAUGGGCACAUCACCUUUUGCUCAGCGCCCUAAGAAACGAAUGAGAAAAGUAUAAAACAGUUUUGUCUUCUAAACAAAGAUACAGAAAGCACUUCCACGAUCAUUUAAUGAACAGUACUGUUGGGACUAGACGUCCUAUCUUUGAGUAGUAUAUGUUAGUGGAAUUGAAUGAAAGAGACAAAUAUUGUGUUUGAAUUGAUCCCCUCAGCAAAUAGCAGCUGGUCACUGUUUUACCCAAUUAUUGAGAGAGACAAUUACUUGUUUCCCAUGGUAAAAUUAGCAUUUGUUUAUUGUAACCAAACAAAGCAGGGAGCACAACACAGGGAGUAAUUAUAGCCUGAUUUCUGCUUCAAAACACACAGGGACAACAAUCAAAGGAUAAUGGCAAAUUAAUUACAGCGUGCAUAAAUCUGCAUGGUAAAUAAGCAGGUCAUUUCAUUACCUACUCACAUUGCCAGGCGUUACAGAGAAGUUUAUCUUCUAGCCACCUGUGCCAAAAAGACGGUUUUGCUUAAUACACUGGUUUAGAGACAAUUAAUCUUCUCACCCUCACCAGUUAUUAAACAGUUUAAUAUUAAAAUUCUGGCUAUUAAACAGUCAUAUUCCAACUAACAAAGUCCACCAGAGAAAAUCAUAGGGUGAAAGUCUUCUAGAUUGCAGUUGGCCUCAAAAGAAAAAAGUAAUGGGGGUCCUAAGGUUUUGCAUAAUGGAUUUGCAAUAUCACAAUUCAUAAAACAAUUAAAAAAAUAUUAUUUGGGCAAAUGCUAGCUUAAAUGUUGUGCAACUUGUUUUGUAACAAAUAAAACCUUAUUUGUGCAUCUGUUUGUGUAAAGUAUGUUUUUCUAUUCUGUUCUACGGUCCUGCUUCUGUACACACUUCUUCUCUGUAUGCUCUUCUGAUGCUUCAUAAACUAAUCUUUAGCAAAC